UCAGACCCUGGAAUCAUGCCGCAAGCUCAAAAGAAAACAACUUCUGUCUCCUUGACAAUAGGAUCAUCCUCUCCAAAGACAGGAGUGACCACAGCUGUGAUUCAACCAUUGUCUGUCCCCGUUCAACAGGUCCACAGUCCAACCUCGUAUCUCUGCCGACCAGAUGGAGCUGCUCCUGCCUACUUUCCUCCUAUUUUUACCAAGGAACUGCAAAACAUAGCAGCAUCCGAGGGUCAGGUGGUGGUCCUGGAGUGCCGGGUCCGAGGAGCACCCCCUUUGCAGGUCAAGUGGUUCCGACAAGGGAGUGAAAUUCAAGACUCUCCAGAUUUCAGAAUUCUACAGAAAAAACCUAGAUCUACAGCUGAACCUGAGGAGAUCUGUACCCUAGUUAUUGCUGAGACCUUCCCCGAGGAUGCGGGGAUCUUUACAUGCUCAGCAAGAAAUGACUAUGGAUCAGUAACCAGCACCGCCCAGCUGAUUGUCACCUCAGCCAACACUGGAAACUGUAACUAUGACUCAGUGGGAGAAUCCAACAAUGAUCACUUCCAGCACUUUCCACCUCCCCCUCCAAUCUUGGAGGCGAACUCCUUUGAGUUGGCAUCAAAGAAACCGUCUGAGGUCCAGCAGGUGAACAGCCCUGAGUUAGGGCUCAAUGUGGCAGCCCUUCAAAUGCAGUUCAGUUCUGCUGAGCGGGAAACAAACGGAGUCCAUCCCGGCCAUGGAGUAAAUGGACUGAUUAAUGGCAAAGCUAACAGUAAUCAAUCUCUUCCAACACCAGCUGUCCUACUUUCACCCACUAAGGAGCCACCACCUCUGCUUGCCAAGCCAAAACUGGACCCUCUGAAAAUCCAGCAACUCCAGAACCAAAUCCGACUGGAGCAGGAGGCCGGCACGCGGCACCAGCCGCCCGCCGGCGCCCCGCGCAGCGCGCCCCCGUCGCCGCCCUUCCCGCCGCCGCCCGCCUUCCCCGAGCUCGCGGCCUGCGCGUCGCCCGCCUGCCCGGAGCCCAUGAGUGCGCUCGCCCCCCGCUGCUCCGCGCCCGCCAUGCAGUCGUCCGGCUCCUUCAACUACGCGCGCCCGAAGCAGUUCAUCGCCGCACAGAACCUCGGCCCCGCGUCGGGCCAUGGCACGCCGGCCUCCAGCCCCAGCUCCUCCAGCCUCCCGUCGCCCAUGUCCCCGACCCUGAAGCAGUUCGGCCGCGCGCCGGCACCGUCCUUCGCGCAGUCCUUCGGCGCCGCUGAGGCCGAGGCUCCGUGGUGCCAGUCCUCGCCGUCGCCCCCGCCGCCGCCCCCGCCGGUCUUCAGCCCCACUACGGCCUUCCCGGUGCCUGACGUGUUCCCGCUGCCGCCGCCACCACCACCGCUCCCCAGCGCGGCCCCGGCCGCCCUGUGCACCUCGCCCACGGCCCGCUUCGGCCACAGCCAGACGCCCGCGGCCUUCCUCAGCGCCCUGCUGCCCUCGCAGCCGCCCCCGGUGGCCGUCAAUGCCCUAGGCCUGCCCAAGGGCGUCACCCCCGCGGGAUUUCCAAAGAAGGCCAACAGAACUGCUAGAAUAGCUUCUGAUGAGGAGAUUCAAGGCACAAAGGAUGCUGUCAUUCAAGACCUGGAACGAAAACUUCGCUUCAAGGAGGACCUCCUGAACAAUGGCCAGCCGAGGUUAACAUAUGAAGAGAGAAUGGCUCGUCGAUUACUAGGUGCUGACAGUGCAACUGUUUUUAAUAUUCAGGAGCCAGAAGAGGAAGCAGCUAAUCAGGAAUACAAAGUCUCCAGCUGUGAACAGAGACUCAUCAGUGAGAUCGAGUACAGGCUAGAAAGGUCUCCUGUGGAUGAAUCAGGUGAUGACAUUCAAUAUGGGGACGUAUCUGUGGAAAAUGCAGUGGCACCAUUCUUUGAGAUGAAGCUGAAACAUUACAAGAUCUUUGAGGGAAUGCCUGUAACUUUCACAUGCAGGGUGACUGGGAAUCCAAAGCCAAAGAUCUAUUGGUUUAAGGAUGGAAAGCAGAUCUCUCUAAAGAAUGAUCACUACACCAUUCAAAGAGAUCUUGAUGGGACCUGCUCUCUCCACACCACAGCCUCCACCCUAGAUGACGAUGGGAAUUACACAAUAAUGGCUGCAAACCCUCAGGGCCGAAUCAGUUGUACUGGACGCCUAAUGGUACAGGCCGUCAACCAAAGAGGUCGCAGUCCCCGCUCUCCCUCAGGCCAUCCUCAUGUCAGAAGGCCUCGUUCUAGAUCAAGGGACAGUGGAGAUGAAAAUGAACCAAUUCAAGAACGAUUCUUCAGACCUCACUUCUUGCAGGCUCCUGGAGAUCUAACAGUUCAAGAAGGAAAGCUCUGCAGAAUGGAUUGUAAGGUCAGUGGGUUACCAACCCCAGAUCUAAGCUGGCAACUAGAUGGAAAACCUAUACGCCCCGACAGUGCUCACAAGAUGCUCGUGCGUGAGAAUGGGGUGCACUCCCUGAUCAUAGAGCCAGUGACCUCACGAGAUGCCGGCAUCUACACGUGUAUAGCCACCAAUCGAGCAGGACAAAACUCAUUCAGCCUGGAGCUUGUGGUUGCUGCUAAGGAAGCACACAAACCCCCUGUGUUUAUCGAGAAGCUGCAAAACACAGGAGUUGCUGAUGGAUACCCAGUGCGACUGGAAUGCCGUGUCUCAGGAGUGCCACCGCCUCAGAUAUUUUGGAAGAAAGAAAAUGAAUCACUCACUCACAGCACUGACCGAGUGAGCAUGCACCAGGAUAAUCAUGGCUACAUCUGCCUGCUCAUUCAGGGAGCUACAAAAGAAGACGCUGGGUGGUACACGGUAUCAGCCAAGAAUGAAGCCGGGAUUGUGUCCUGUACCGCCAGGCUGGAUGUUUACACCCAGUGGCAUCAGCAGCCACAGAGCACCAAGCCAAAAAAAGUACGGCCCUCAGCCAGUCGCUAUGCAGCACUUUCAGACCAGGGACUAGACAUCAAAGCAGCGUUCCAACCCGAAGCCAGCCCAUCUCACCUGACACUGAAUACCGGCUUGGUAGAAAGUGAGGACCUGUAAUCCAACAUUCUUUUUAACGCUGAAACACUGAAACAGCCACCAUUGCCUUGACCAACAUAUUCCUUUGUCACAUUAUGUAAAGGGCAAAACAUACCUUUGACUAUAAGAAAUAAACACCAAAAUAAUACUUUUCCUACUUGAUAUACCAAACUUAGAGUUUCAGUAGGUGAUGCUCAUAGAAAUGUACACAUUGCACAGAAAAUCUUCAUUCAUCAUCCAACUUAAAACUUGUGGAAUCUCUGUGAUGAAAGCGAUCUGAAAUGCCAAAAUGCUAAUGAAAAUCAGCUGUUCAAAGGUAACCAGAAUUUGUAUUCUCCAUAGUACCUUAAACACUAGCUGUAGGUGCUACACAGCAUGACAGUGUGGAAUCCUUAACAGGAGGCAAAUGUACCGCAAAUAAUACUAAAAUGUUUCUAAGUGGGCAGUGUGUUCAGACAGCUACAGUGAACCAAGUGCAAUAUAUAGGGAUGAAAGGAAGAGGAAAUGACAAAUCCAAGUAAAUGCCUUGUUUUUGCAAAAUUGUUUUAUAUUAAAUCAUAAGGAAUUACUGGCCUUUAAUUUUAUUAAUAUCGAGAGCUUUCUAAAAAGGUUAAUACCUUAGUUCUUAACCACCUUUUUCUUUAUGUGUAGUAUUUUCUUUUCAUGCUACCUUGGUAGGAAGCUUACUUACAAUCCAUAUUAAAAGGCUAACUUAAUUAUAAAUAAUACAAAGUAUUCCAAAUAAAGCAGAACUGUAUUACAGUCCAUUCCACAAAAGACAUCCAAAUCACCCAAAUGACCAAGGCGUAUAGUAUUCAGCGGAAAGAGGGGUCUGGAAGGAGUAGGAAGAAUGAAGGAAAAUGCUACCAGCACACUUGUACUCAUUUAAAUAAAAGUAGAAGAGGCAGGAGACACCUGCUUUUCUUUGGUGAAGGCCAGGCUUUUCUUUGGUUUUCAAAAAAAAAAAGUAUUUUUUUUACUUUAGGUAAAUACUUUAGAUAAAUACUUUUACCUAAAGUAUAAGUAAAAAAACACUGCCAUUCAAAUGUCAGGGGAUCUAGGGUCAGCUGGGAGAUUGGAGCACAUGUGCUGUGGAAGUUUUAAUGUCUGAAGUCUGUGUAGUCGCUGAAGAGGUUAGGUGUGUUGAGCAAGUGGAAAAUGGACCGAGACUGCAAGAAUGGCAUCAGUAAGGAAACUGCCUGUAAGAGAUAGUCUACUGGAGGAAAAUGGAGACUUGGGAAAGACAAAAACAGGUUUGUGCCACAAUCAAUUUUUUUCCAAUGGCACCAUGAUAUGGUGAAUGGAAAAUAUGAGUUCACUUCCAUGCUGCCAUGCAACCUUGCCUUAAGAAGGUGCUAGGUUCUGGGUAAUUUGUAAAGGCAUCUCUGCAAAGACUGAUUUUUGAAUGCAUAUGAUCCUGCAACAGCUAGACUGACAUGAUUCUGACCAGACUUGAUGGUUUUAAGUCGGAACCAAUAAACUUUAAAAAGGAGGAAAAAAACUAAUUUGGCCAGAUAUUAUAUUAUAAAACACGAGGUUUUAAUGGUACUUUGCUAUGAAAAGAAAACACUGUAUUCCUUAUGCAAAACACAUAUAUCUUUCAUUAUUUAUAAUAAAAAUGUUGAACUGUCUUAGCUCAGUUAAUUCAAUAUAUAGUAUUUUUUAAAAUAAUUUUAUAUCUGUGUACCACCCCAUAUAUUUCAUAUUACUGCUUCACAUGUACAGCUUUCUACUACUUUGUAAGAACACCAACCAACCAAGUUUUAAAUGACUAAUAGGCUUGAUCACUGGGUGGCAGAUGUUCUUUGCAGAGUAGUGCAAGUUUCUUUGACCACACUCGUAUGCGUUGCUAAUAUGGAAUUUAAGAUACCAUACAAAGUCUUUCAUGGACCUAGCUAUAUCGUAGAAUUAUGACUUAACAUCCUAUCUUACUUGCCAAAUUUUUCUGAAUGUGACUGUUUGCUAAUUUGCUGGGUUUGGGAUUGAGUAGCAUUAUUUGCCACCUUUUAUGUUGUAUUUAUAAAAAAGUACUAUCAUACUACUAUUUGGAUUGUUGUGCUGGUGUAAUGUGGAUUUAACAUCAAUAAAUAUUUAACAAAUAA